AUGGCUCGAGCUGGUGCAGAAGUUCGUUUUGACGUAAGGAAAGGAGCAGCUCUGCGAAAUGGGCUUUCUGCUUGGUUAUGUCAGCCUUCUGCUCCUACUGCGCCAAUGGCACCAGCUCCACAUCAUCAGACUUCUUUCCCGCCUGCGCAGCAAAUCAACCAUUUACCGCAUUUCAAUGGAAAUGGAAAUUAUUCAAAUUAUGCUCCAUUGCCAAGCUAUGGUAGUCAGAUGUCAGUACAGACAACAAAUGGAUAUCAGAAGCAUCAACCAGUGCCAAAUAAUCGUACGUCGGCCUUCGCGCCUGUAUCUGGCAUAGGCGGUGAACCGAAUCGACAUGUUCGAUCGGUGUCGGCAUCAGAUCUUUACCAAAGCGAUCCGAAUGCAUCCUACUCGCAAAGGUCUGUUACUGGAUCGACAACGGGCUUUGAUCGACUUCCUGCUCAUUAUAGGCAUUCGAACAGGCCAACGGUUAUCCAGCCAGGUGAGCAGGUUGCUUAG